UACAUUUCCAUCUCAUUCAAAUAGUUCCAACAAGAGAACCAAAACACGCACACACACAGAGAGUUGCUUGCAGAAAAAAUGGAGGAAGAAGAAGAGAGAAUGCAAAAUCUCAGAUCCAAAGCCACAGAACUUCUACUCAGAAAAGAAUUUAAAGACUCCAUAAAAACCUACACUGAAUACAUCUCCCUUUGCCAUAACCAAAUCUCAAACACCCACAAAAAUCUUGAUUCAAAUAACCUCUCAAAACUCAAAAAAUCCCUCUGUUUAGCUCUCUGUAAUCGCGCCGAAGCCCAUUUAAAUCUCCAAGAAUUUCCUCAAGCUUUAAAAGAUUGUAACGAAGCAUCCGAAAUCGAAAACACCCAUUUCAAGACCCUGCUUUGUAAAGGUAAGAUUUUGCUCAGUCUUAAUCAAUAUGGAUUAGCCUUGGACUGUUUUAAACAAGCAAGUCUUGAUACCAAUGAGUUUGAAAAUUCUGAAACUCUUAAUGGGUAUUUAGAAAAGUGUAAAAAGCUUGAAUUUUUAUCAAGAACUGGUGCUUUUGAUAUAUCAGAUUGGGUACUCAAUAAAUUCCAAGGAAAAUCCCCUGAGUUAGCAGAAUACAUAGGUCCAAUAGAGAUUAAAAAAUCUGAAAUUAGUGGGCGUGGUUUGUUUGUAACAAAGAAUGUUGAUUGUGGAAGUUUGCUUUUAGUUACUAAAGCUGUUGCUAUUGAGAGGGCUAUAGUACCUGAAUGCAUUUUUCAAGAUUCUAAGGAACAAGCUCAAUUAGGUAUGUGGAAAAGUUUUAUUGAAAAGAUAGUGGAAUCUGCUAAAAAAUGUAAUCGAACGCGCGAUUUGAUUUGUAAGUUAUCAACUGGUGAGAAUGAGGAUGAUUUUGAGGUUCCUGACAUUGAUUUAUUUAGGCCUGAGGUAGAAGAUAGUAAUUUUCUUGAUGAGAAAAUUGACAUGAAAAAGUUGCUAAACAUUCUUGAUGUGAACUCUCUUGUUGAGGAGUUGAUUUCAUCAAAAGUUGAGGGGAAAAAUAGUGAUGUACAUGGCAUUGGUCUUUGGCUUUUGGCUUCUUUGAUAAACCAUUCUUGUGAUCCCAACGUGAGGCGUUCCCACGUUGGCGAUCACGUGAUGAUCCAUGCUUCUAGAGACAUAAAAGCAGGUGAAGAGCUCACAUUGGCCUAUUUUGAUGUGUUUUCAUCCUAUAGGAGUCGCGAAGAGAAGGCGAAAAAUUGGGGCUUUAUUUGUAAAUGCAAAAGGUGUAAAGUUGAAAAUGGUGUUUGUUCAAAGCAAGAAAUGAUGGAAUUUGAGAUGUUUGUUGGGAAAGGAGUAGAUAUGGGAGGUGUAGUUUAUAGAUUGGAAGAAGGUAUGAGGAGAUGGAUGGUAAGAGGAAAAGGUAAAGGGUAUUUGAGAGCAUCAUUUUGGAAAGUAUAUUCUGAAGUUUAUGAAUCAGAAAGAUUAAUAAGGAAAUGGGGAAGCAAGAUUCCAAUUAUGGAAAGUGUGGUGGAUAGUGUUGUGGAUGCAGUAGGGAGUGAUGAGAGAAUUGUGAAGGUGCUGAUGAGAGGAUUAAAGAGAAAGGAAAAUGGUGGUAAUGGUAUUUUAGAGAUGGAAAAAGCAAUGAAAUUGGGAAGAGGAUUGUAUGGGAAAAUAAUGAAGAAACAAACAUUGAGGACUGUACUAUUUCAGCUUGCCAACUAAUUGCAAUGGUUAUUAAGGGCUAUUGCUUAUACCCUAUUUUCAAGAUUAAUCAAGUUGAUUUUUUUUUAGUUUUGUAUUUUUAAGUUCAAAAUGUAUCUCACGGUUAGUUCUUUUUUAUUUAUUUAAUUUCCAACUUUUUAUUUUUCAUUUUACAAAAAGUUAUGGAGGAUGUGCUUGUAGAAAUAAGUUGAAAUUGAUUCACAGUUCAGAUUGGUAAUGUUGAUAUAUUUUCAUUCUUAUUCAA